CUGAGCUCCUGGAGACUAAAACCUACCUUUACACCAGCGAAGAAGAAAACGUCAACAGGAAGCAAGAGAAAGAUCUGCUGCUGCUGCUGCUGCUAAAGGUCUCCAGCAUGGCGGGCAGACGGACUCUGAAGGCCGUGCUCAUCGACCUGAGUGGAACUUUGCACAUAGAAGACACAGCAGUGCCCGGGGCGCAGGACGCCCUCAACAGGUUACGGCAGGCGUCUGUAGCUGUGAAGUUUGUGACCAACACAACUAAGGAGAGUAAGAGGAUCUUACUGGAACGACUGCAACGUCUCAACUUUGACCUCCAGGAAAAAGAGAUCUUCACUUCACUGAGUGCAGCGAGGAGUUUGUUAGAGCAGAAACAGCACAGACCGCUGCUGUUGGUGGAGGACAGCGCGCUGGAAGAUUUCACUGGUAUUGACACGUCAGAGCCAAACGCUGUUGUCAUCGGACUCGCUCCUAAUCACUUCAACUACCCAACGCUCAACAAGGCUUUCAGAAUGAUUCUGGAUGGGGCUCCUCUCAUCGCCAUCCAUAAGGCCCGGUACUACAAACGUAAGGAUGGUUUGGCCCUCGGCCCCGGCCCCUUUGUAACGGGACUUGAGUACGCCACAGACUGCAAAGCUACUGUGGUGGGAAAGCCAGAACAGACUUUUUUCACACAGGCUCUGUCUGAUUUAGGAUGUAGCCCCAGUGAAGCUGUCAUGAUAGGUGAUGAUGCCAGAGAUGAUGUGGGCGGGGCUCAGAACGCAGGAAUGAUGGGAAUUCUGGUCAGAACCGGUAAAUACAGAGAAGGAGAUGAGAAUAAAAUCAACCCUCCUCCCCACCUGACAUGUGACAGUUUCCCAAAAGCUGUUGAACACAUCCUGAAGAACCUGCUAUAAGAUAGAAGGAACAACAGAAGUCUACAGUUUCAUUUUCUCAUAGAAUCGGCAGUUAUCAAUGUUAUAGCCUAUUGGUGUGUUAACAAUGGAAGGAAGGAAGUUAUUGAAUUAUUCCCCUCAUCCUAGACAUCCUAAAAUGAUCCCCUCAGCACGAUAAAGGAAAAAUAACCAUCCUGUAAUCUUCCAAAAUCGAAAAGAUACAUUUACAUAAAAAGUCCAUAAUGUCCGUUAUGUCUCAGGUCCAUUAUGUUAUGUGAAAGGAAAAAGCAUGCAUUUCAAAAGUUCCCACCAUCUGUUGUCACAUGUAUGAAUAUAAGUUUGAAUAAAUAAAUAUAUAUAAAUAUAAUUGA